GUCCCACCGAGAUCGCCCUCUGGGCACCAGACACGGGCAUCUCUGGAAGGCCAGGCUUCUCACUGUCCAGCGGGUGGCCACCAGGAAGACGUUCCCUGGCCCCGAAUGCUGAGAUAGCCCGUGCGCACCAGGCUGCCCGGACCACAAAUCCUCAAUUGGGCAUAGAGCAAUCUAACUUCAAGCAAUAUCGGCAUAUAGCAGAAGGUUAUGGGUUUCAGGUUACUAAGAAGAAACUAGCUCUCUUUUGCCAACAGGAAUGGCCCACCUUCGAGGUAGGCUGGCCCCCGGAGGGUACGUUUGACGUCUCGGUGGCCGGCCGGGUAAGGGGAGUUGUCUAUGGUAUACCUGGCCACCCCGAUCAGGUCCCCUAUAUCACCGCCUGGAUUGAUUUCAAGCCCCCUUCGGGACCACUACAGGUCCAGGCUCUUUCAAAACUAAGACCAGGAACGGAAUCAAAGACGACCUUUAGCUGCAAGCCUCCCGAAAGUCCUAAGGUCGUCACACAGCUCUCUCCUGUCUUACCACCCCCUGAUUCUGACCCCCUAGAUCCAGCCGAGUACUCCCAGUCCCAGGUUUCAGAUCCACCCCCGUACCCAACCUCAGGGUCUCUGAGCCCCUCAGCCCCUCCUCUGAUAAGUCCACCCCAUACUCGAGCAGAGACUGUCUUUUAUACUCAUCAGCCCACUUGGGAUGACUGCCAGCAACUCCUCCGGGUUCUUUUCACAACCGAGGAGCGUGACAGGAUUCUUUUAGAAGCCAGGAAGGGAGUUCUGGACCCAGAUGGACAUCCCUCUACUGACCCGGCGCGCUUCAACCACAUCUUCCCUGAGAACCGGCCCGACUGGGACCCCAGCACUGAUCGCGGUAGGGAAGCACUGGACAGGUAUCGCCAGUUGUUGCUGGGAGGGUUAUGGGCAGCAGCACAUAAACCAACCAAUAUGUCCAAAGUCAGUGAGGUUAGACAGGGCAAGAAUGAGUCCCCAGCUGCAUACUUGGAGCGCCUCUACGAGGCAUAUCGAACCUACACCCCUAUCGACCCAGAGGAUCCCAAUAACCGGAGAGCCAUCGUAAUUGAUUUUGUAACCAAUUCGGCUCCGGACAUCCGUCGGAAGCUACAGAAACUUGAAGGUUUUGAGGGUAAAAAUCUGACUGAACUCAUGGAAGUGGUCAAGCGGGUGUUUGACUAUCGUGAAGAGGCUCAAGACAAGCAAACUCGCACGGUCGCAAGGGCGGUAGUGGCAGCUUUAGCACAGGUUCCAGGGGAGGCUCAGAAGCAAGGGUGGAAAGGAAGGCGGGAGGGGCCAAACGCUGGGCGCCCCUAUAAGGGUAAAGGCUUGGGAAGGCCUCCUUUAGCUCGGGACCAGUGUGCUUACUGCAAAGCCAUGGGCCAUUGGAAAUCUGAGUGCCCUAAUCUCGACUCUGGAGCUGCGGCAUUGGUCCUGAAAUCCCCACUGGGCUCCCUCUCAUCAUCCACUGUGCAGGUCCAGGGAGCUACUGGACGAAAACAGUCUGUACCCCUCACCACUUCUUGGGAAGUCCAGUUAGGGAAGGGCCUAGUUUCCCAUUCAUUUCUAGUGAUGCCCGAUUGCCCUUACCCCUUGCUUGGCAGAGAUCUCCUGCACAAACUUCAGGCUAUCAUUUCCUUUAAGGGACCUAACCCCACUCUCGGGUUCAACCUGCCACAACUUGUUCUCACCUGCCCGUUGUCGGAGGAGUCUCACCUCCUCCCCCUAACGUUUUCCCCAGACCGCCCCUCGACCACCUCCACCCCUACUUCCCUAACUCUGUUGAACCAUUUCAAAGGCUUGGUUCCUGGGGUCUGGGCUGAGACCAACCCGUUUGGUCUAGCAGGACACCAGCCCCCAGUGGUGGUCCAGCUCUAGUCCACAGCAACCCCUGCGUGUGUCCAACAAUACCCGUUGACUCGAGCUGCCCUUUUGGGCAUCAAGCCUCACAUCGAUCGACUCUUGGCGGCAGGCAUUCUACGACCCUGCCAGAGCUCGUGGAACACCCCCCUACUUCCAGUUUGCAAGCCCGGGUCUGGAGACUUCCGUCCUGUCCAGGAUCUACGAGAAGUCAACGCCCGGGUGGAAACUGUACAUCCUACUGUACCAAACCCGUACACGUUGCUGUCUUCCCUGGACCCUGCUCGGACUUGGUAUACUGUUUUGGACCUGAAGGACGCUUUCUUUUCCAUUCCCUUGGCACCAGUAAGCCAACCUAUAUUCGCUUUUACUUGGACAGAUCCUAACACUGGGACAUCCUCUCAGCUCACCUGGACCCGGCUUCCCCAAGGUUUUAAGAACUCCCCUACACUUUUUGGGUCAGCUCUGGCCUCCGACUUGGCCGCCUUCUGGGUCUCGUAUCCGGAGGUCACUCUCCUCCAGUAUGUUGAUGACCUUUUGUUGGCUACCUCCUCUGAGGCAAUAUGCAAAGAUGCAACUCUCCACCUUCUCCAGUUGCUUGAGGCUUCCGGCUAUCGCAUCUCUGGAAAGAAAGCACAACUGUGCUCUCAAUCCAUUGUUUACUUGGGUUUCACUCUUCGUUCCGGUCAAAGGUUACUGUCUCGGGGGCGUGUAGCUACCAUUUUGGGCAUGCCUGCCCCGAGGGACCGCCGCGGGCUCCGGGAAUUCCUGGGGAUGGCUGGAUACUGUCGCCUCUGGAUCUUGGGGUUUGCCGAGGUUGCCAAACCCCUAUAUGAAGCUCUGACAGGUGAACCCACCCAAUUUGUUUGGGGACCACAGCAGCAGGAAGCAUUAGACAAGCUUCGAAAGGCGCUGUCCAGCACGCCUACCCUCUCCCUGCCAGACCUGUCCAAGCCCUUCCGCCUCUAUGUGUCUGAGUCUCGAGCUGUGGCCAAAGGGGUUCUGACCCAGCCCCUGGGGCCCUGGAAUCAUCCUGUUGCCUAUCUCUCCAAGCAGCUGGACCCUGUGGCUUCCGGGUGGCCCUCUUGCCUGCGAACUGUGGUGGCCGUUGCCAUGUUGGUUAGAGAAGCCGCUAAGCUCACCUUCGGGCAGCCUCUUGAGAUUUCAGCAUCGCAUCAUCUGGAACAGCUUUUACAUUCCCCGCCGACAAGAUGGAUCUCAAAUUCAUGCCUGACUCAUUACCAAUCCCUACUCCUCGAUCCCGCGCGCAUCACCUUUGCUCCUCCGGUCACACUCAACCCGGCCACCCUGCUCCCUGACUCCCCUCCUUCCUCCCCUAUACAUGAUUGCCUGGACACACUGGACUCCAUCCACACGUCCCGCCCUGGACUUACUGAUGUUCCUUUAACAAACCCAGACCUAGUGCUUUUCACGGACGGCAGCAGUUUUGUUCAGGAGGGGAUCCGUAGGGCGGGUGCAGCCGUGGUCACUCUGGUUGAGACCCUCUGGGAGACCUCUCUACCCCCCGGCACAUCUGCUCAACGUGCUGAACUCAUUGCCUUAACUCAAGCCCUUAGACUCUCUGCAGGCAGGCGAGUAAACAUCUACACUGAUAGCCGCUAUGCCUUUGCCACUGUUCAUGUCCAUGGAUAUGUAUAUCUCCAACGGGGACUGUUAACCUUGGCGGGUAAGGAGAUUAGGAACAAGAGUCAGAUCCAGGAACUGCUGGAUGCUGUCUGGCUUCCCAAGGAGGUGGCGGUAAUUCAUGUUCCUGCUCACACCCGUGGAACUGACUCCCCGUCUCUAGGGAACGCGGCAGCGGAUAGGGCUGCCCGAGCGGCUGCCUGCAAGCCCUUGAUACCCGCUAUGGUCGUGGAACCUGAGGGGAUGCUGCCUGUCCAACCGUCUUAUCAAUCCAGUGAUCCGGAUGGCACCCCUGAAAAGGGGGGAUGGAGAAGACACCCAAAUGGCUUGCUAAUUCUGCCCAAGGCACUGUUGCUACCCCUGUUGAUGACUCUUCAUAGCCUUACCCACUUAGGUGGAACCCGGCUUUACGACCUGGUGAGCCGACACUUCUACAGCCCUGGGAUGAAGCAGGCAGCCGAGGAAGCCGCAAGAAGAUGCCUUGCAUGUGCCAAAGUCAACCCGCCAUCACAAUCAAGGAUACCGACUGAUAGACCACGAGGGACAUUUCCUGGCGACCAUUGGGAAGUAGACUUUACUGACAUGGGAACUGGGUUGGGAGGGUACCGUUUUCUCCUUGUAUUCGUGGACACAUUUUCUGGAUGGCCAGAAGCAUUUCCAGUCAAAACUGAAACUGCAACCGUAGUGGCCAAAAAGCUGUUCUUUGAACUUAUUCCUAGAUUUGGCCUGCCGGCCUCGAUAGGCUCUGACAACGGCCCAGCAUUUGUAUCCGCAACAAUUCAAAGCCUAUCAAAGAUGCUGGGAUUGAAAUGGAAAUUGCACUGUGCAUAUAGGCCUCAAAGUUCAGGGCAGGUAGAGAGGAUGAAUAGAACUCUAAAGGAGCACAUUGCUAAACUUAAAAUAGAAACUGGCGAUAGCUGGGUCAGUCUCCUUCCCUUCGCCCUCCUCCGGGCCCGGUGUACUCCCAAUUCCUCAACCCUCUCUUUAUCUCCAUACGAGAUCCUCUAUGGAGCCCCCCCUCCUAUUAUUCCAAGAGUAUCUGCAGCUAUUCCAGCCCCAGAUUUCACUAAUCCGACUCUUCUUAAGUCCUUCCAGGCUUUGCGUGAGAUCCAGAACGCUGUGCGCUCAGUCCUGAAAGCUGCGGGGAAAGAACCAGACCCUGCAACUUCAUCGGACGCCCUGUCACCGGGAGACUGGGUCCUCACUCGCAAGCUUCCAGCUGGACCAGCCCUGGAACCACGGUCAACGGGCCCGUAUCAAAUUAUCUUCUGCAACCCCUCUGCCGUCAAGGUUGCCGGCCACAAGGCAUGGAUACAUCGGUCACACAUCAAGAAGGCCCCAGAGCCCAACUCCACCGCCUGGACAGCAGAAGCAGUGUCCGACCUAAAGCUUCGACUCUCCAGAACUUGA